CAAAGAGGAAAAAGUCAAACCCGCGAAAGCCUUGAAUAAAAUAGUAAUAUAAUAAUUACCAGUGGCCAGCUUCUCGUGAAGCCAGCCCCAAAGACGACAUUCACAUUUAUGAUUUUGGACAUAACGGGUCAUCAAUAGGCAUAUCUGUCUCGAGCUUACUAGUAUUAUUUUACUCUUUUUUUCUUCUGCUCUUUCACACGGAGCGCCUUGAAUUUUGGUUCGACUAUCUUGACCAGUAUCAAGAUUCCUUUUUUAUUCCCCCCUUUGAUUAAAUUUCAUUCAUUUUGUGAAGAGAAAGUGGGGAAUUUUGUGCGUGGGGAUUUUAUCUUUGAUGGGUUCGUGCUGCAGUGUACGGAUAAGGGCUGAUCAUAGUCCUCCUCGUCGAGGUGGUCCGAGUCCGAGACAUGCCAGCUUUGAUGGACGAGAGACGAGCAGCCGACGCUCGUCUUCUUCCUUAUCAGCUCCUUUGACCCCACGCAAAGAGGGCGAAAUCUUCGAGUCCACAAACUUGAAGAGCUUCGGUUUUAAUGAUCUCCGGAUAGCCACACGAAACUUCCGCCCAGACAGUGUUUUGGGAGAAGGUGGCUUCGGUUGCGUUUUCAAAGGAUGGAUUGACGAGCACACGUUCAAAGCUGCAAAACCGGGCACUGGAAUGGUUAUUGCCGUGAAAAGACUCAAUCAAGAAGGCUUUCAAGGUCACAAGGAGUGGCUAACUGAAGUCACUUAUCUGGGACAGCUAUACCAUCCCAAUCUAGUGAAACUGAUUGGUUAUUGCUUAGAAGACGAGCAAAGGCUCCUCGUUUACGAGUUCAUGCCACGCGGAAGCUUGGAGAAUCAUCUAUUCAGGAGGACUUCUUACUUCCAACCUCUGUCUUGGACAGUUCGUAUGAAGGUUGCUCUUGGAGCAGCAAAAGGACUCGCAUACCUCCACAGCCCUGCUGCUAAAGUUAUUUACCGUGAUUUCAAAUCCUCCAAUAUUUUACUCGAUUCGCAUUAUAAUGCGAAACUGUCUGAUUUCGGGUUGGCCAAGGAUGGGCCGAUUGAUGGUAAAAGCCACGUGUCAACUAGAAUUAUGGGUACUUAUGGCUAUGCAGCUCCAGAGUAUAUGGCCACUGGGCACUUAACUGCUAGAAGUGACGUGUACAGCUUCGGUGUAGUUCUCCUGGAGAUUCUCACGGGGCGGCGAGUACUGGAUAAAAACCGGCCGCACGGAGAACAGAAUCUCAUCGAGUGGGCCCGGCCAUACUUAACUAGCAAACGUAAAGUGCUUCGGGUGAUGGAUGGGCGCAUAGAAGGCCAGUAUUCGCCAACUGGGGCACUAAAAGCUGCGACUCUUGCUGUGAAAUGCUUGGCUUUGGAGCCCAAGUGGCGGCCCACGAUGGUUGAGGUUGUUAAAGCAUUGGAGCAGCUUCAGGACUCGGGGAGUCUGAAAGCAGCCGGCGAACGACUUGCGGAAGAUUCCGGAAGGAAAGCGGCUUCUUAUCCGAGGCCUGCAGCAUAGGUGGAUAAAUUUGUAUUUGGUGAAAAGGAAAUGCUGUUUGUAUUUUGGUUUUAAGUCGUGGCAUGGCUGGCUGGCUUUUGAGGGGAAUUCUGCACAGUUUCAAUUUGUUCUUCGGUGACAAGAUUGUUGUUAACUUGAUGUUGUAUAAAACUAUGUAAUAAUUUUGAUUCUGCAGAGUAUGAACUUGCACAUGCGUUGUUAAAUCCACCUGCUGAACCAGAAAAUUUUGUGAGGCCGGGUAAAAAAUAGUUGAAAGAAAUUUUCAACAAUGUUGUACAGAAUAUUAAUAUUAUUAGCAAUUAAGAAAAGGGAAGAUUCCAUUGCAGGUUUCGAUCUUUUGGAAUUGUAUCAAUUUAAGGC